AUGGGUAAUAUGAGGGGUAUUGAAGAAAUUUCGGUGGUAAUACCGUCCCGAACGGGAACGACACAUAUGGGGUUGGUUGGAGGAGCACUGGCAAAUGGUACUGCUUUUAGAGCUUGUGCUGCGAAUGAGAUAUCGGUAAGCAACACGUGCUAUCCGAUUGCUGGUGUCGGUGGUCCCUGUGUGAACUCGGCACAAUGCCAGCUUUCGAACGCCUAUUGCAGAAAUGGACUCUGCGCUUCCAAUAUUCAGUACGAUAAUCGUGAGUCUUUACAAGUAUACACAUGUUCAGCUAUCUGUAAACGACCCAAUCAACAAGUGGAAAGGGAGUCUGGAGUCGUGAAGAAUUGCAUGUAUCAUCCCUGUUCAGUGGGAUUUGGUUGCGAAUACAGUAAUGCAAUGGGACAAUAUAUUUGCUGUGGCAACUACGAUGCCAACAAUGAUUACAGCUAUGGUAAGGUACGAAUGUACCCGGGAACUACAUCACCGCUACAGUGUUUCAAGGAGGAUCAAUGUCUGUGGGUUGAUACACCGAAUUGCGUGUAUUCGUACAGAUAUGGACAGAAAGUUUGCUGUUCAACAUUCAAUUGUUGA